AUGAAAGCUUCCGGCUUCCUCAUCCUGACAAUCAUCAGCAUUCCAGCCAACCUGAUUGUCUGCUGCGCCUUCCUGCACAAUCGCUUCACUGAGGCCAAGCUUCUAACAGCUGACAUCAUUCUUUGCAACCUGGCCUUCACCAAUCUCAUGGUAGCCUUUAUUCGUAGUAUUCCACAGACAUUAGCCGGCUUGGGUUAUCUGCAUUUCUUUGAUGACGAUGGCUGUAAAGUUACCAUCUUUUGCUUUAGGGUGUUCCGGGGCCUUUCCAUUAGUCUCACAUGCCUGCUUUGUGUCUACCAGGCAGUAGCUGUCUCACCAGUAACCUCUUUACUUGCCCCAUUGAAAACAAGAAUCCCCCAGUAUCUGCUGUACAUCAUUGUAUUUCUCUACCUACUCUACUGCUCCACGAGUGUUAUGACUGCUGUUAAUGCUGUUUCCAGCCUUAUCAACAACACUAUUCCUCCAUACACAUAUAAUUUAGAAUACUGUUUUGUUAUAUAUAAGGAUUACUAUUCAUAUAUCUUGGUAGGUUUUGGUGUCAUGUGCAGAGACCUUGUGUUCAUAGUGCUAAUGACCAUCAUGAGUGGCUACAUCCUAAGGCUCCUCUACCAACAUGGUCAAAAAGUAAAGAACAUCCGCAGUUCAGAUCGCAGUCAAAAGGAAAGAAGAGCAGAGACUAAGGCUUCAAAGGCGGUGGUCACCUUGGUCACCCUGUAUGUUGUCUUUUUUGGCAUUGACAACAUCAUCUGGCUGUACACCAUUACCAUAUCAAAAGUAUCAGUUCUUAUUUCUGAUAUCCGGAUCUUCUUUGCAACCCUAUAUACUUCAGUAUGCCCUAUUGUGGUCAUCACCACUAAUCCAAAAAUCAAAGGAAAAUUUAAACUGAUCAAGCUGAAGAAAGAAGUCCAGCCUACAGAGAACAGUACAUGUACAGAGUGA